ACCCCCGGGAGUUAAGGCCGCGAAGAAAGUGGGCAAAGAAAGUCUGUCUAAGAAGACAUUGGAUGCCGGGAAGGAGCUGGCUCACUUUGACACGAUGUGCAGCCUCAAGCAGCAGGAUUUAGUGGUGAAAGAAAGGGUUUCGAAGAUGAAGGUACUGGACAGUCUCAUUGCUAAACAAGACCCUCUUGCGGAUUAUGAAGAAGCUUUGAAGAAGAAACUCGUUCUUGAGUUAAUGUCAAAUUAGUUUAACUGGUUUCGGUGAACGAAUGGAGGAGCUAUGUUCUGUUGGAGCAACAAGCUUCUGAUGUCUUUUGUUUGCUUCUAUCACGGACCACUCUUGUUUGCUUCUAUCACGGACCAUUCGAGUCUUUUCUUUGCUUCUAUCACGGACCUGAAGUCUUUUGUUUUGUUGUGCAUUGUCUUUUGUAUCACGGACCUUUUGUCUUUUGUUUCACGAGACUUGUACUAACUCUCUGUAGCAAAUCAUGUCUACCAUUAUAUAAAGUAUGCAAGCUUCAGUCUUUCUUUGUACCAAAACAUUUUCUUUCCUUCUCAUAGUUUCAUCGUUUCAACAAUUCCCUUCUCGUCUUUGAUCAAAGUCACCAAACUUUCUCGUAUAAACAAUAAAGAUCAUCUUUGAUUGAAAUCACCCUUUGAUCAAAGUCACCAAGUCUUUGAUAAUACCUCUCUUUCUUCACCCUUUCACUUCCGAUUGUUUAAAAAAAACAAACGGACAAAACACUCUCAACCUCACCCUUUCUACUCAUCUUUUCUUUUCAAUCACAAAAAAAUGGCCUCUUCUUCUAAUCAAAACAAUUUAAAUGAUUCAAUUGAUGAAACAUUUGAUGAAGCAUUUGAUCAAAUGUUCGAUCAAUAUUUAGAGCAAACAUUUGAGAGACUGACCAUCCAUAAUGAUCAAGAAGAACGAAGGAAAAAAAAAAGAGUUUAUAUCGAACGAAAUCGUGAAGAAGGCAAUGUCCGUUUAUGGAAUGAUUAUUUCAGUGAUACGCCAACGUAUCCUGAAAAAUAUUUCCGACGACGUUUUAGAAUGAACAAGCCAUUGUUCUUGCGUAUUGUUGAUCGACUCUCGAACGAAGUUGACUUCUUUCGCCAAAAGAGAGAUGGUCUAGGAAGGCUUGGUCUCUCAGCACUCCAAAAGUGUACAGCAGCUAUCCGUGUCUUGGCAUAUGGCACUGCGGCGGAUGCGGUCGACGAAUAUCUCCGGCUCGGUGAAACGACAACUCGGUCAUGUGUGGAGUAUUUUGUGGAGGGAAUAAUUUAUUUGUUCGGAGAAGAAUACCUACGAAGACCAACACCGGCUGAUCUUCAACGUCUACUUGAUAUUGGAGAGUAUCUUGGAUUCCCCGGCAUGAUAGGGAGCAUCGAUUGUAUGCAUUGGGAAUGGAAGAAUUGUCCCACCGCUUGGAAAGGGCAAUAUUCUCGUGGUUCGGGCAAACCAACAAUCGUAUUAGAGGCGGUUGCUUCAUAUGAUCUCUGGAUAUGGCAUGCGUUUUUCGGACCUCCAGGUACGUUAAAUGAUAUCAAUGUUCUUGAUCGCUCACCUGUUUUUGACGACAUAAUAAAUGGUCAAGCUCCCCAAGUGACUUACUUUGUGAAUGGAAGAGAGUAUCACUUGGCUUACUAUCUCACCGAUGGUAUUUAUCCGAAAUGGGCAUCUUUUAUCCAAUCUAUUUCACUACCACAAGGGCCGAAAGCAGUGUUAUUUGCGCAACGCCAAGAAACUGUCCGAAAGGAUGUCGAGCGUGCUUUUGGAGUCUUGCAAGCUCGCUUUGCCAUCGUUAAAAAUCCUGCACUUUUUUGGGAUAAAGUCAAAAUUGGUAAAAUUAUGAGGGCAUGUAUCAUACUCCAUAAUAUGAUCGUAGAAGAUGAGCGAGAUCGAUACACUCAAUUUGAACUUUCCGAGUUCCAACUACGAGAAGACAAUGGAAGUUCACAUGUCGAUCUCACGUAUUCUACAGAUAUCCCUACAAAUAUCGCCAAUAUGAUGGGUGUUCGAACUAGAAUUCGUGAUCGACAAAUGCAUGAACAACUGAAAAGUGAUUUGGUUGAACAUGUUUGGCGUAAAUCUGGAGGUGAUGAAAACAACCAAUGAGCUCACAUGUGAUUUUCAAAUUAAUCUCGUUUAUUGUUCUAAUCUUUAUUUUGAUAUUUUUUUUUAAAAUCUAUGUUUAAAAUAUUAUCCUUUAAUAUGUUUUAUGUAAUAAAUAAAUUUUAUCUAAAAAAAUUAAUAUUUAAUAUUUUAAGCACUCCAUAAUAAGCACUUUGCAUUGCAGGAUCAAAAUAUACAAGUUGCUUAAUGAAACUCUUAAAUCCUACUUAAUAAUAAAAAAAUGAUUAAGCACCCCAUUAGGGGUGCUGUGGUUAAUGCUGCUCUAAGAGCACGUCUAAUGGUUAGAGCUUUUGAUGGGUUCUAAUGAUUAGUUUAAUGGUUAAUUGUGUACUUUAUGAAAUUUAGAAUUCUUGUUAAU